GGAGCUGGAUCAGAAAGAUGCCUGGUAAAGGCUUGGAAUGGCUCGCUUCUAUCAGCACUUCGAGUAGCUCAAUAUAUUACUCACCUUCAGUCCAGGGUAGAUUCACCAUCUCCAGACAGGACUCCAGCAGCCAGCUCUAUCUCAACAUGGGCAGUCUGAAGGCUGAGGACACAGCUGUGUAUUACUGUGCCAGAAGCACUCUGAUAGACACCAACAGAAAAGAGCCACGAAAACAAUUCCUCACAUGCUUGAGCUGGGAUGUUUUUGACAGGGCGUGUGUCAUUGUGUAUACGAUAUACUAUGGGUACUAUGCGUUUGACUACUGGGGAAAAGGAACCCAAGUCACAGUUACAUCUGCUACACCGAUCAGACCGACCGUCUUUCCUCUGAUGCAAUGUGGAUCUGGAGCCACGCUCAGUCUUGGCUGUCUCGCCACUGGCUUCACACCAGCUCCACUGACCUUUACCUGGAGCAAAGAUGGGACUGCCUUGACUGACUUUAUUCAGUAUCCUUCAGUAGAGAAGAACAACCUCUAUACUGGAGUCAGUGAAAUCCAAGUGAGGAGAGCGGACUGGGAUAAUAGGGCAAAAUUCCGAUGUGUUGCCAAACAUUCAACCGAAGAUGUUGAAGCUGUGUUCGCCAAUAAAGAAGACUACAUGUUGCCAACUCUUAAAGUGUUGGCCUCUUCAGAUGGGCAAGAUGAGGCCUCCUUGGCCUGCUUUGCCAAAGAUUUUUCCCCAAAUGUUUAUGAGUUCAAAUGGCUGAAAAACGGAGUGGAGAUCUCCGACAGAAUAGACGAAAUCAAGACUCAUUCUGAAGCCAGACGUGGUACAAGGGGAAUAACACUUUACAGCGCAGCGAGCUUGCUCAUGCUUAAGUCCAAUCAGUGGUCACCUGACACAACCAUAAUGUGCGAGUUUAAAGGGAGAGGUUCACACGGAGCUAUUUUUGUGAACUCAUCUGUGACCCACAAACCUGCAUCUGAUUCAUCUUGUGACGGAUUCUCUGAAGCAGAUGUAAGCAUAAAGAUCACGGGCCCCACAAUGGAGGAUAUGUUUAUGCGCAAAAAAGGAACUGUAACAUGUGAAGUGAAAGUCAGCAAGCCAUCUGUGCGGAGUAUUUCAUGGGAAAACGGGGAUGGGAAGGAUAUGGCUGGUACCUUAAUAUCGCUCCCAUCAGCCAAAACAGGCACAUUUCACACUCUGCUUGACAUCACGUAUGAUGAAUGGAGAAAGGGGAUAAAGCGCAACUGUGUUGUGCUGCGUCAAGGUACUGGGGGCACAGUAAAGAAAUCCUACGAAAGAAAUAUUGGUAAACCACCACAGCGUCCUUCACUUUUUAUGAUGCCUCCAGUGGAACAUAGUAAAACAGAUACGGUUACCCUGACUUGCUUUGCAAAAGACUUCUUCCCUCAUGAGGUUCUAGUGUCUUGGCUUGUCGAUGAUGAGCCCGUAAACUCCACCUACAUUCAUAGUACCGCCAUACCUCUAGAAAACCAAGGUUCAUAUUCAGUCUACAGCCAGUUAACGCUCAGCCUUGAGCAGUGGCAAAGAUAUGACGUGGUCUAUAGCUGUAUCCUUUACCACGAAUCUCUGGCCAGCACCUCCGGUGUCAUUGCCAGGUCCAUUACAUACACAUCUGCCAAUACAUACCCGGCCAAUUUCGGCAUGAACGAACCUGAAUUGUGCAAGACUCACCCUCCUCACACCUGCUUAAAUAUUAAAAAACAAACAUAUGUUGUAUUUUCAGUUGCAGCAGAGAGUUCUGUGUCUCCAGACAUGACAUUGUAUCCACUGUGGGAGGAUAAAUUUGGUGUCUCAGCUGUCAAACUUUUGUGCAUCAUAAGUGGCUUCUCUCCUGCCACGCUGAGUUUUGAGUGGCUACAGGACAACCAAAAGGUAGAUGCCGUGCGGACCUCCACCAGGAAACUUCAGAGUGUGGUGAAAGAAGACAAAACCUUCACUCUAAUCAGUGAGAUUGAGCCAAACGUGAUUGACUGGACAAAGGGCUCAAAUUUUACAUGCAGGUCCAUUCACAACAACGUAGAAGUGAAAAAGUCCACAAGCAUUUGUGAAACACAGGCAGACGACCCUCCUUCCAUUUAUAUGGAGCUCCCCAGCUUCAAGGCCGUCAUGAUGGGAACAUCUGAAGUGACAGCAAAAUGUUUGGUACGCACUGCAUUUAAUGCCGUUGUUACAUGGCUGGUGGAGAGCCAAGCAGACCCUUAUAACCAAGUGAGCCAGUACACCAACACAUCUCACAUCAUUAGUCAUCUGACGGUAUCUGCAAAUCUGUGGAAACAAAUGAAGAGUGUGAAAUGUAAAGUGGCGCAUCGGUGCUUCUCAGACAUUGAGGAGACCAUACACGUGUCAGGGUCUGCAGUCAACGCUCCAACAGUGGAGAUCAGGCGAUCUUUUGCCGAUUUGCAGAAGAUAGAAAGAGCUGUGUUUGAAUGCGAUGUCACACAACUCGAUGCCGUCGACCUCUACGUCACCCUUCAGGCCAAUGGUGUAGAUAUUUUGGACAAACACUUUGUUGAACUGCCUAAAGGCCCAGGCCCACAUUCCAUCAGUCCACACUUCAGUUUGCCAAAGUCAUUCAUGAAGAAUGACACACGUUUCACCUGCAAAGUGACCCAAGGCUUCUCUAGCAUCUUCCACUCAAGCCCUAUUGACAGCAUUUUUGUGGAGCCAUCAGUGGAGCUCUUUCUGGCCCCCAGUGAGGAGUCAGGACAUCAGAGACUCCUUUGUUCCGGAUGGGGGGUUAACCCUAAAAUUACAUGGCUCAUCGGGUCUCAGCAAAGACCUCCAUUAAUGACCAACAUCAGCAUGAGUGCGGAUGGACGUGUGGCUGUGGCCAGUCAAUUAGACGUAGACCAAGAAGAGUGGCAAACUGGCAAGCUAUUCACUUGUAAAGUGUCUGACAGGUGGCUGAAUAAAUAUGUCAGAAAAAACAUCAACUUCUGCUCAGUAACCACAUCAUCAUCUCAAAUAGUUGGAGUUUAUAUUCAAGGACCGCCACUCACAGAGUCACAGCAGAGGGAUCAAGUGACCGUCACUUGUCUUUUGGUCGGCGCUCAUCUUGAUGAUUUCUCCAUCUCCUGGAAAGUAGAUGGGAAGAAUUAUUCCCAGAAUUCACACACAGAGAAGCCGAUCAGUCACAGCAAUGGGACAGAGUCCUUGCGCAGCUUCCUCAAUGUGUUAGCGAGCGACUGGAAUGCAUAUAAACAAGUUUCUUGUGAGGGAAAACACAUGUGUUCCAACCAGGGCUAUGAGGGCCACAUAAGCAAAAGCAGAGACUUGUAUCCACCAACAGUGCGCAUAAUACCGCCAACCGUCUCUGAGCUGUCAACCUCCGAUGACCUCACGCUUACUUGCCUGGUUUCUGGAUUUUUCCCAGAUAACAAAAUAGUAUACUGGGAGAAAGAUGGCCAAAGACUGCCAUCAGUUUCCUAUACCAACAGCCCUUCAUGGAAAUACAGCAGUAGCAGCACUUUUUCAAUGAGCAGCAGACUGAGCGUGUCCAAAAGUGAGGACCGGGGUUCCAGCUAUUCUUGUUCUGUCAAACAUGAGUCAUCUGAAACACCUGUUAGAAGCACAAUUGAGGAUGUGUUUGCCACAGUGACUCCGAGCCAGCCUUCAGCCAUCUUGCUCCGGGGUUCAGGUGAACUUGUGUGCCUGGUGUUUGGCUUCAGUCCUGCGUCCAUUAACGUCUCCUGGUUUCUUGAUGACGCCAAUGAGCUGUCGUACUUCAACACCAGUCAACCAAGCAGAGGCCCCGAUGGAAAGUUCAGCAUCCAGAGCCACCUUCGCAUGUCCCAAAUCGACCUGUUACCUGGGGCAGUCCAUACCUGCAGGGUGAUGCAUACAACCCUCACGCUGACCUUGAACGUAACAAAUCCAGUGAUUUUGCCAGAUUGCAAUGUAUUGGAUGACAUUGCUCAUGCAGUUGUUAAUCAAGAUAUCAAUGUGGAAAGCUGGUAUAUGUCUGCCACAUUUCUUGUGCUUUUUCUCACCUCCAUCAUUUAUGGCGUCUUGGCCACCUUGGUUAAGGUGAGACACAGCAGGUGUCCUUUUUCUAUACUAAAUCAUACAGAUUUUGAUAUAUGAUCUCAUGAUACACUUAGCUAAUUUGUAUAUUAAACAAAUACUGACUUUCUUCCCAUCCUUCUUUCCUC